AUGAAUUGCACCUAUGAUGUGAAUAUUGCUGCUGCUGCUGAGGAUGAAAAAAUUGUGAGUUUUAUUGAGGUCCACACUCCUCAAAAUUCCCCCAACAUCCCCCUUUACCCCAAAGCUCCCCAACAAUCCCCAUUUUCCUUCCCCAAAAGUCCUCAUCUACCCCCACCUUCCAAAGAUUUUCCUCAAGACUUCCUCAACAGUCCUCAUCUACCUCCACAAGACUUCCUCAACAGUCCUCAUCUACCUCCACAAGACUUCCUCAACAGUCCUCAUCUACCUCCUCAAGACUUCCUCAACAGUCCUCAUCUACUCCCACAAGACUUCCUCAACAGUCCUCAUCAACUCCCACAAGACUUCCUCAACAGUCCCAUCUACCUCCACAAGACUUCCUCAACAGUCCUCAUCUACCUCCACAAGACUUCCUCAACAGUCCUCAUCUACCUCCUCAAGACUUCCUCAACAGUCCUCAUCUACCUCCUCAAGACUUCCUCAACAGUCCUCAUCUACCUCCUCAAGACUUCCUCAACAGUCCUCAUCUAUCUCCUACAAGACUUCCUCAACAGUCCUCAUCUACCUCCACAAGACUUCCUCAACAGUCCUCAUCUACCUCCUCAAGACUUCCUCAACAGUCCUCAUCUACCUCCUACAAGACUUCCCCAACAGUCCUCAUCUACCUCCUCAAGACUUCCUCAACAGUCCUCAUCUUCCUCCUCAAGACUUCCUCAACAGUCCUCAUCUAACUCCUACAAGACUUCUCAACAGUCCUCAUCUACCUCCACAAGACUUCCUCAACAGUCCUCAUCGACUACAAGACUUCCCCAACAGUCCUCAUCUACCUCCUCAAGACUUCCUCAACAGUCCUCAUCUACCUCCUACAAGACUUCCUCAACAGUCCUCAUCGACUACAAGACUUCCCCAACAGUCCUCAUCUACUUCCACAAGACUUCCUGA